AUGCUGCUAAGUAUAACUGCGCCAACGAGUAAUGGAGGCUCUGACUUCUACUGGUGGUUUGUUGAGGGAUCUACUACCACUUCGUUCUCAACAAAACUUACGUGGGAGAAGCUCUGUCCUGCAGCUCCCCCUCAGCGAUGGGCAAAAGCUAUAUGGUACAAAGGACAUAUCCCCAAGCACACCUUUACCUUUUGGGUUGCAAACCUUAACAGGCUCCCUACAAGAGAAAGAACAGCGAGAUGGGGUACCAAUGCUCCCUCCCUCUGCUGCAUUUGCGGUUUUGCAGUGGAAUCAAGAACUCAUAUGUUCAUUCACUGCCAAUACAGCUCCAUGGUUUGGCGACUAGUUCUCCAUCGGCUUGGGAGGAAUCAAAGCUUUCUUGACUGGCCAGAUAUGAUUGAGUGGUUACUAGCAUGUACUAGACCCUUCAGUCUCACUCUAAAGCGUCUGGUUGUUCAAACCGUGAUCUACCACAUUUGGAAAGAAAAGAAACGGCUGCACACAUCUAUUGCAUCUCCGGUAGCCUCCGUCUUCAAGCUAAUCGACAGGAGUGUCAGGAACUCAAUCCUUGCUCGCCUCAAAAGCAACAAAUUCAAGAAUCUCCUAUCUCAAUGGUUCAUUCACUACAAAAAAUGUCCAUUCUUAGCAUGA